UCUGAACGGGCUGCAGAAUUACAUGCUUUGUGUAGUGGAGCCAAACCUCUUGCAGGUUGGUUGGCUAGAGAUGCCAUUCAAGAGUCUCGAGAAGCUUGUGGAGGUCAUGGGUAUUUACAAGCUUCUGGUUUUGGUUCUCUCCGUAAUGACAAUGAUGCAAAUUGCACUUAUGAAGGGGACAACAAUGUCCUUUUGCAGCAAACAAGCAACUACCUCUUAGGCUUACUAAAAAGAAAAGAAGAAGACAGAAAUGCAGUAUUUGAGCAAGAGAGCAUAUUGUUUUUGAAUAACAUGGAUCAAAUUCUGAGACAAAAAUUUUCUGCUCGUUCUUUAAGUGAAUUGAUUAAACCGGAAGUUCUUCUGGAUUCUUAUAAAUGGUUGGUUUGUUACUUAUUGAUCAAAACUGGUGAAAAACUCAAUAGAGAAUUGAACUCUGGUAAAGAUUCAUUUACUUCAAGGUGUAAUACUCAAGUCUUCUUUUGUCGAUCUCUUUCAUUGGUGUACAUUGAGCAUACAUUCCUGGAAAGAUUUAAUGACUUUUUAUCAGAAAUAUCAAAUGCAGCUAUUGUAGACGUUCUUAGAAAAUUAUUUUUUCUGUAUGGUUUAUGGAGUUUGGAUAAACAUUUAUCUGUUCUCUAUGAAGGACAGUUUUGUUCAAGCCCUGCAGCAAGUAAACUGAUCAAAGAAGGGAUAUUGAAACUGUGUGAAGAUUUAAAAGAUCAAGCUGUUGCUCUUGCAGAUGCUAUUUCUCCUCCUGAUUUCAUAUUGAAUUCAGCUUUAGGAAAAUCGGAUGGCCAGAUUUAUAAAAAUUUAUAUGAAUGCUUUUUGAAUACUCCUGGUGCCUUAGAAAGACCAGCUUGGUGGCGAGAAUUUUUGACAAAACCAGAAGUUCAGUCAAUAAGAGCAAAACUAUGAUUUUUAUUCAGCAUGACUUAUCCAAUCAUCAAUAUAUAUCAUAUUGCUUUGAAAUUUUAAAAUUUGGACUUAAGAUUUAAUAAUCUUUUUUACAUAAUUUUGGUAUAAUAUUGCAAAUGAAUGUAAUAGUUUUAUGAUUAUUUUAUAGACUAAAAAUUAUGAAUGUGAGAGAAGUUAUUGAUUUAAAAAUGAAAAAAAUUAUUUAUUAUGCAGCAAAACAUUAUUAUAUGUGUAUGCCACAUCUUUAAUUUAUGAAUACAGUAAAUGAUUUUUAUAUACAAAAGUAAUUCAGUUGACUUAUAUUUUGUAAUAAAUUUAUGUCAUUUAAAUCUAUUUAUACUAGGUCAAAAUAUUGUUUAUAUGUGCAUUAAAGGAGUGUAAUACAUCAAAGUACAAGGGCUGGAAGUUCCAAAGAGCUUGUAAAUAAAAAAUGGGAUGAAUAAAAAGUUUCAUAUUUGCAUAAAUUAGAUACAUACUAUGUUGUAUCAUUUGUUCUAGCAUUUUCUUCCACCCAUUGGAGAUUGUGUAAUGUACAUGUAAGAUAUAUGAUGGAACUGAUGUUUUUGCCAAGUGCUCCAAUUUUAAAUUUCUUCAAGUGAAAGCCAAAAUGCAGCUAAAAUUCAUAGUAAAUUGUUAAUGAAAAACAUACAUCAGUUAAAGUAUUGGGUAUAAAUGAUACCAUUAAUUUCUAGAGCAAAGGAGAUGUCAGUAAUGAGAAAAAUCUGAAAAGGAAAAUGUAUUGUGACUGAUGGUCUAUGCAUGAUAUAAGAAAAUAAUUGGAAACAUUUUCAUGUAAUAGCUAUCAGAUGGUUUUGUGCUUUUAUAAAAUGGAUUAGCUCAAUGGUCUGGUGGUAGGAUUGUAUGAACAAGUGCAUGCAGCAACUAGUAGCACAUUAUGAUAAAUACUUUAAUCAGAAAGGUACAGAGAAGUAACAUUAGUAUGUUUUUAACUUAACCAUAUAUUAAAGUAUUUUUAUUCAUUCCCAUUUCCAGACUUUUUAGGGGAUGUGAUGGUAAGAGUUGUGUUAAACGAAUUCUAAAUUUUAAAUAUUUAAAGACUAAAAAUUUGCUACUUUCCAAUAGGGAGAGAAGGGAUUUGUAUAAAGUCACUGCUGCAUAAUGUUUAUUAAAAAAUGUUUAAUGUAACAUAUAUUACUAUUUUUUAACUACAUUUGGCCUCUUUGAAUUUGUAAGUGUAUAAAAUGUCUGUAUAAGAAAAAUAAAAAAUAAAUAAUUAAAGCAGACACUAAACCUGUGAGUGUAAGAGAAGUUAUCCACAUUUAUGAAGUAGUUGUAAAAUUAUAUUCUGAAAUAUGUCUAUAAUUAUAAGUAUCAUAACUUAAUUACAUUGAUGAUUGAGUGUCAUUACACACAACUUAUACAUACAUGUGUGUGUGUAAUAAUUUCUGUACGUUUGUAUGACUACAAACUUCACAAAACUUUAAACAAUUUAUAUUUAUUUGAUUGAAAUAAAUUUAGAAUGUGAAAGAGUGCGUUUAUUGAGAAAUUACAUACUAAAGUAAUUUUAUUGUACUAAUUUUUACAAAUACCAUAUUUUGGGUGUUUUGUUAGGUUCCUUACUGUUGGUACAUAUCCUACCGGUAUUUUAUUUUUAUGUAUUCCAAUGAAGAAGAUUACAUACCUCAUUGAAAACAGUCUUAACUGUUGUUUUUAGUAGUACAAUUUGUAUUUUACAGUAUUUUAUUUUUAUUCUCAUAUUAGGGAUAUUAAUUUUAUACAUUUUUAUUAAAUCCGAUUGGGAGUCACAGUUUCUGGUUUCCAGUAUGGCCAGAUUUGUAGGUAAAUUUAUCUGUGUCAUGGUAUCACAUCAAAAUCUAUUCUAGUUUAAAGUUUUCAAUUAAAUAGCUAAAAGAUAUAUAUCAUUAAUUUAAAUUGGGAAUUUCAAAGUUGAUUUAAUGGUGGAAAAACACUGCAUUAUAAGGAAAUCGUUUUGGAGCAAUCAGAAAUGCUCAUAUCAAAGCAAUGAUUUUUAAUAGUGUAUUAUAACAAAACUGAUCUAACAAAUGCAAUGUUAAAUAUCAUCUGAGUUGAUUUAGCAUCUUGUCAUUUUAACUACAAGAUCUACAGUCUGUGAAUAUUUUGAUAAAAGAAUAUUUUCAAGUGCAUUAUUGAUGCAAUGUAAUUUGGAGAUUAGGAUAAGUUAUCAGAUUAUGCUAAAUACUGUAUGAUUCUGCCUCUUCCAGUCCUACAUUAGACUGAUGUGUGAGUGAAAAAAAAAAAAAGAAAUCAUUUGAAAACCUUUCUGGAUAAUUUCGUUCAGAUCCACUUCUUGACCUUCUGUUACUUUAUAUUGAAUAGAAAAUGUACUUAAAAGAAUAUCCAUUUUAAAAGUAAUAUAGCAUAAUUUAUGGAAAAUUUUUUUAUAAUUUUGAAUUAAUCAUCUGAAGUUAUUUAAUAUGACUAUUUCAUAUGUCAUCAUUAUACAUAUAUGUCUUCAAGUUAUCCUAUUGCGGUUUUGUUUCUCUGAACUAUGCAUUUAUGUAAGUAAUGAAGAUUUUGAAAAACAGAGAAAAAUGUAACAAUUAUUUUUUAUUAUAUGCUGUAUUGUUUUUGUCAAAUGAAUUUAAAUUUACUUUGUUCUUUUGUUGAGUAGCUUGCUACAUAAGAGGUUGCAAGAAAAAUUUUAUUCUGACAUAACAUUUUGCUCUUGUAUAUGACCUACCUUUUUAUAUAUGUUGUUAAAGAUGUAAUUUUUGAAAUUAAAAUGAUGCAAAUUUCUUUGCUAACUGCACUUUACUCAACAACUGUGUGAAAAUUAUUCAAAUAUCAAUUUUUCUGAUAGUGUAGUAGUUUAGGAAAUAUGUUUAUUUAUUAGUUGUAGUUUGUCAUUUUUAUUGAUUGUGUAGCUUCAAGAAGAAAAAGUAGUACUUUAUACAAUUACAAUCAGUUAUAAUUUGCAUCUAAUUCUCCCCCCCCAAAGUAUUAUAUGCAUUUAUACAUAAAUAAUUCUGGUUUUAAAUUUAAAAUAAUUCUUACUAAUCAAGAUAAUUGUUUUAUAUGUAAAUAAUUUACAUGAAGUGUCACUAAAUGCCGUUCCAUGAAAUAGUGAAAAUGAGUAAUGAUAAAGUUUAUUUAUAUUUUGAAUAAAAUAUAUUUUUACAAAAUAUUCUUUAAAGAAAAUGAUUUAGUCUUUGGAAAAUAUAGACCAAGCAUUUUUUUCUUUUUCUUAUUUUUAGAAGUGUUUAUAAAUUUUUAAUAUUUAUUGGUUUCACUGUGAUAGAUAUGGAUUUAUACUGGUGAAAAUUUUAUUUGUAAAUAGACAUUCCGGUGAUAUUUUUUGUUUAUUGUUUUAGUUUGUCUUUAAGCAUAUUAAUGAACUGUAUGAAAUGAGAACAUUUAUGCAAUUCUUUUUCCAUUCCACUAUAUUUCAAUAAAAUGGCUUACCUCUUA